UUGUUGCUACAGGGGAAGUGGGACCUCUUUGGGUGUCACAGUUUGAUUAAUAACGCAAUCGUAGGCGAAAUUUUAAUUCACGGCAACAGUUUCUGAUAAAUUAUUUCUAGUUGAGAUUAUUUAUACAGUUCUACUGCAAUAUGGAUCUUACAACAUCGGGAGAAAACGCGGCACUGUCUCAGGCCCAGGCUCAUGCGGAAGAUUAUCUCAAGAAGAAGAAGAUAUACGAGCUGUUCCAUUUCUUCAUAGGCCAUCUCCUGGUGGAGGAGCCUGAGCAGCCGCUGUCGUUCAUCCAGCAGCUGGCGUCGCGGCUGGACGAGUUCCGGAAGGGCCGCGGCCCGCCGCCGCUGCUGUUCGGCCAGCAGCACGUGGAGACGCUGUUCAACACGCUGGACUGCGAGCGCCGCGGCGCGCUCACCGUCGACCAGUUCCGGACAGGCAUGGUGACGCUGGGACUGGCCAAAGCUUCCGAUUCGCCGCCCACUACUCACGAGGGACUCGUCUCCAAGGAGAGCUUCAUAAGCGAGGCGACUAACCGGAUGGUGGCCAUGUUGUCUGACAUGGUUCACUAGCUGGAGGGCGCCCACCCCACUGCUGCGGAAUACUGCGCAAUUUGGAGCAUCUCAGAUCGUUUGGUUUUCCUUGUCAUAAAUUUCGUGUAAUGUAACUAAAUUGUUUCAGAUAUUACCAAUCUUGUUCCUUUUUUGCACGAGUUAU